CAAACGUGGAUAUUGACGUAUAUAGUCUGUGUUGUUGUAUUUCUUUUUUAUUUGAACUUGUCUCCCUGUGGUGAAGAGGGGACAUAACCAAAAUGGGGAAGGGAAAUAAUAUGAUCCCGAAUGGCCAUUUCCAUAAGGAUUGGCAAAGAUUCGUUAAAACAUGGUUCAAUCAACCAGCCAGAAGACACCGUAGAAAGCAAAACCGCAUAAAGAAAGCUAAAGCAAUCGCUCCACGCCCUGCUGCUGGUCCACUCCGACCGGUUGUAAGGUGCCCAACCGUUCGCUAUCACACUAAAGUUCGUGCUGGUCGUGGAUUUACUCUCAGAGAGAUCAGGGCUGCUGGUCUGAACCCUAGUUUUGCCAGAACUGUUGGUAUUGCUGUGGACCCACGUCGCCGCAAUAAAUCUGUUGAAUCGCUCCAAAUCAAUGUUCAGAGAUUAAAGGAGUACCGUGCGCGUCUUAUCUUAUUCCCUAAGGGCAAGAAGGUGCUGAAGGGAGAAGCCACCGAGGAGGAACGUAAACUGGCUAAGCAGUUACGCGGUCCUCUGAUGCCAGUGCAGCAACCAGCACCCAAGUCGGUUGCACGCGUCAUCACUGAAGAGGAGAAGGACUUCAAGGCUUACCAAUACCUCCGAGGCGCCCGCUCAAUAGCCAAGCUUGUUGGUAUCAGAGCCAAGAGGUUGAAGGAUGCUGCUGAAAACCCUGAUGACGUGACUAAGGCACCUACAGUGGUUAAGGAACCUAAGAGUAAAAAGUGAACAAUAAAGUAAAUAAUCACUAA